AUGGCGGCGGCGGUGGCGGUGGCGGCGGGGCUGGGCUCCGGUCCGGCGCCCCUGGGGCCGCGGCGGGCGCUGCGGUGGCUCUUGGCGCUGCUGGCGGUGGCGGCGCCUCGGCCGGCCGGGGCGGGUCUGUACCAGGCCGGCGUGGACCCGGUGUGGGUGCUGGAGGGCGGCUCGGUGCGGGGGGCGCUGCGGGACGCGGCCUCGGCCUGGCUGGUGCAGUUCUACUCGUCGUCCUGCGGACACUGCGUGGCCUUCGCGCCCUCCUGGCGCGCCCUGGCCGGGGACGUCCACGAGUGGGAGCCCGCUAUCCGGAUUGGCGUGCUGGAUUGCGGAGAUGAGAAGAACUACGAGCAGUGCAAAGAGUAUGGGAUUCAGUAUUAUCCAACUUUCAGGUAUUUCAAAGCUUUCACCAAGCAGUUUACAGUUGGAGAAAAUCAUCACGCAACCUCAGAUCGGGACCUUCAGACCGUCCGCCAAACAAUGAUUGAUUUUCUGCAGAACCACUCCCGGGAAGCGAAGCCAGCCGCGUGCCCCAAUCUGGAGCCAACUCUGCCAGAAGAAGUAUUUUCCCUUUUCAGAAAACACAGUCAGCAUUAUACUGCCAUUAUUUUUGAAAACGGGAGCUCCUAUCUCGGCCGAGAGGUGAUCUUGGACCUGGGUCAGUAUGAAAAUCUUGCUGUCAGACGGGUUCUAAAUUCUGAGACAGAUUUACUUAAAAACCUUGGUGUUACUUCGGUCCCUUCAUUGUACCUGAUUUAUCCCAAUGGAUCUCGUGGAUUAAUUAACAAUUUGAAGCCUCUCCGGUCUUUCUUUUCUUCCCAUUUAAAGUCACUCCCGGGAGUUAGAAGGAAACUCGCUUCUCCACUCCCUCUUCUCCAGCCAAAGAGACCAGGAAACACGGACAUGAAGGAAUGGAAAGAGUCUGACCCGUCCAAAUUAUAUAUGGCUGACCUUGAAUCUGGGCUGCAUUAUUUGUUCAGGAUAGAAAUGGCCACCCACAAAACCUUGGAAGGGGCUGCGCUGAGGGCCUUGAAAGAUGUCGUUAUAGUCCUAGCCAAGCUCUUUCCUGGCCGUCAGCCUGUGAUGAAGUCGCUGGAGACGUUACAGGUGUGGCUGCUGAGCCUCCCGUUGGACCGGAUCCCCUACGAUGCCGUCCUGGACCUGCUCAACAAUAAAAUGCAUAUCUCGGGCCUGUUCCUGCCCAGCCGGCUCCAGUGGGUCGGGUGUCAGGGCAGCCAGGUGGGACUGAGAGGUUACACCUGUUCCUUCUGGAAGAUCUUCCACUCAUUAACAGUUCAAGCAGCAGCCCAGCCCAGAGCCUUGCUCAACACCGGUUUUGAGGACGAUCCCCGGGUGGUUCUCCAGGUCAUGCAGAGAUACGUCCAGGAUUUCUUUGGCUGCCGAGCCUGCGCAGAUCACUUCACGGAGAUGGCCGGAGCGUCUCUGGGUUCGGUGAAGAGCUGGGACGAAGCUGUGCUGUGGCUCUGGGAGACGCACAAUGUGGUGAACGCCCGGCUGGCAGGGGACUUGAGCGAAGACCCCCAGUUCCCCAAAGUGCAGUGGCCCCCCCGGGCCCUUUGCCCCGCGUGCCACAAGGCGACCCAAGGCCCCCCUGCCUGGGACAAGACGCAGGUGCUCCAGUUCCUGAAACAGCAUUACGGCAGCCACAACCUCGUCCACACCUACCUGGAGGAAGCCGACAACGCCGACGAACGAGAGCGCCAAGGUGGAGGAGAGGCGUUUCCGAAGGAAGCUGCUAGGGAGGGCAACAAGGGCCACCUUCCGCAGAAGCCCUUGGGCUCAGAGUCCAAAGGGCCGGACCAUGGGAUCGCCAAGGAGGACUCCAUAGUCGAUCCGGGGAAAAGGCCGGCUGGCGCAGUGGCCGAGCAGGAGAGGAAGCAGGCGGUGUCGUUCUUGGGAGUCGGCUUCUCCAACAUCGACAUGAGCCUCUGCAUCGUCCUCUACGUAAUGUCGUCUUUAUUCUUAAUGAUCAUGUUCUUUUUCUUCCACGUGAGAUCCAAGCACUGGAAAGUGAGACACAACCGCCCCUACGUAUAGCGGAUCCUUUGGAAAUCAACUUUCUGUCUGGAAAUGGCUCUCUUCUGCUCGCCUACAACUCGGCUAGCAGGGAAUCAGGGAUUUUUUCUUUUUCUUUUUUACAGUGCAACGUUUUCGUUUUCAAGCGACCGUGCCAUUGUUCCUCAUCCUCAUUCACUGGUGUUCUGCUUCUCUACCGGUGGACACACUGAAUUUGGAACGGUGUACAAAAAGGUGUUUUUCUGAAGAACAUUAAAACGGUUCUGGUGAUCUUC